AUGACUUCCAACGAUGACAGCCCUCGCGAUUCGGAGCUUGAUAGUAGAGAGGAUGUCGGCUCUUCCAACCUUACGCCUUUGAGCACGACGGAAAAACGACAAAGAAAGACAAAAUCCACUGCAUGUCGAAGGUGUCACGCUCGCAAAGUUAAAUGUUCUGGUGGCCAACCUUGUCAGAAUUGUCGACAGGCCAGUAAAGGCGCUGAAUGCUCUUAUCCGCGUAAGAAUAGACUUGUCAAAGUCAGCCAACAGUACAUCGAUGAUCUCGUUGCCGAGAAUAAACGUCUUCGUGAUCAAAAUGUUGAUCCCAAAUCUCAUCCCGAGGCCACUGUCCCAGACCUCCCCAUACCGUCUACCAACCAAAUAGAAGCACCUUCCACAUUGCAGGGAACUUUACUGGAAGAAAGGCCUUGGUUCUUUGACAUGAAUGUCCUCCAUACCCCUGUCCUCAUCGGUGAAGCUUCCGAUGCUGCCUUUGCCACCCGUUUUCGGCAAGCUAUCUCGGAGCCUGGGCAUAGUCACAUACCCAGAGUCAACUACGCACCAGAUGAGACACUCCUUGCUCUCUCAGAUGAAGACUGUCCCUGGCCUAUUCCUUCUCGGGCACGACUUCUCGUUAAUGUUGCGUUGAAGUAUGUUAGCAGGGGUUACUACAUCGUGCGUAAGAGUCAGAUAUUAGAAGGCCUUGAGCAGACGAUUCUGAACCCUCACUCUACUGAUUCGUUACUCAAGAGCAAACUGUGGGUUUUAUUCGCAAUCGGAGAAAUGUACUCGACAAGGACAGCGGCAAAAGACAAGAACUUCCCUGGUAUGGCAUACUUUGCCAGGGCUACAAGGAUACUUCGAAUCAUUAGUGAAAGGCCACGCAUCGAUGCUGUCGAAAUCCGUUUGCUGCUUUCAUUUUACUCACUCGCCCUAAACCGUCGAUACACAGCCUAUGCUCUAGCUGGCUCGUCAGUUCGACUUAGUGUAGUCAUGGGCCUGAACUUGAACGUACCAGAGUCACAGCUCCGAGAUGCUGGCGCUCGAGAGCAUAGAAACCGCGUGUGGUGGACGGCCUACAGCUUCGACCGCAUGUGGGCAUCCAGACUGGGUCAUCCUGUAGCGAUACGCGAAGACGAGAUACACGUUGACUUGCCCACCGACCCAGUCCUUGAGACACCUUCAGACGAUUUUACAGACUCGUCGUACGUCAUCGCCAGUAUACGGCUUGCGAGUCUGGCUGCAAAAGUCAUCAAUUCGAUCUACACGAGGAGGCCGCAGCAGAAGACGCUUUCGCAAAGGGUACAAGAGGCGUUGAAAGAUUUGAGAGCGUUUGUGGAAGAAUUGCCUGCUCAUCUGCACAUUGAGCCAACUGAUGCCCCCGAACCAAGCCCCAAACCACUAUCACUGCACCUGUACUUCAACCAAGUUGCCAUUACGGCUACUCGACCUAUUCUUCUUCACGUCCUCCGAACCCACGUAGCAGCAUGGGAUACGCAACCACGCACCGAACCUCAAAUUCCCGUCUCAGCAAUGACCUUAUCGGAAGCCUGCGUCCGCUGCGCACGACACUCAUGCCGACUGCUGAUCGAAUGCUGGAUCGACGGGUCUUUUGCAACAUUUGACUACUUCUACACGCAAUAUCUCUUUGCGGCAGCCACAGUUCUUGCUAUAUCGAGUCUUAUUGAUGGCAAAGAAUCACGCAGCGACAAGGAGCAAUUCGAGUCAGCUGCGCAGUUUUUAGCCCAACUAAAAGAAAACGGGAACUUUGCAGCGGAGGAAUUCUGCAGGCAUAUCGACGCUAUGAAGGUAUGCAUGACGACGCGACGAGGACAAUUUGCGCCGGACGCAGUGAUGCAACAAUUUGAAGGAAUCGAUGUGGGAGGUUUUUCCAACCCGACAGCUGGGAUGGCGCUGUCAGAACCUUCACUACAGGAGCUCUUAUCGCAGCCAGUGCUGGAUUUGCAGUUUAUCGAUGCGUCAAUGUAUCACGAUGGAGCGCAAGGACUGUAUUGGCCUGAUAUAAGUCCUGAGAGUUGGUCUGCUACUGGCUGGACGCCGGGUGGAUGA